AUGGCGGACCCACCCACGGGGGCUCCCGAGCCCCUUGCCACCACAACCACGCGAAGAGGCACAGGGAUCGUCGUAACAGAAAACCUUGCACCAACGACCACGGUCCGGACCAGGAGACAUGCACGAGUGGAAAGCGAGCAGACCCACGCGGCCCCGGAACCCGUGGAACUGACCAAUACCGGAACCAGCACUGGACGAGUGACAACCAGAGAGAUUUGGCAGAUUAUCGUACACCUGCAACACACCAUCGAGGAGCAAACCACGCUCAUUCGCGCCACCGGGACCGAACUGAGAGAAGUGAAAGAUAACCAGAACGAGCUCCAAACUCAGAAUGAGAAGCUACAGGAAGAGAUUGCAGCGCUACGGUCGCAGGUAAAGGAGAGGAACGCUCCAACCCCGACACGAUCAUGGGCGGCCGUUGCGGCCAGCACGGACAAUCCGCAACCCCGGGAGACCCGGCGACAAACUGACAAAGACAAGAACUGCAUCCGAAUCAGCACCCAGCGAUCUGUCACUGAAGCGUUGGGCGCAGAUAAUAACGGAGACGCGUUCGGCCGCUACCUCCCCACCCCGGCUGCGAACGCCCACAUCAGGACGGCACUGUCGAAGACGCUAUCCACCCAGGACGCACAGGUUGCGGGGAUUGGUACUACCAAAACCGGAUAUGUGAUCCGAUUCAAAAACCAAGCAUCGGCCGAAACGGCCCGCACCAACACCGAGUGGCUGACCGAGCUGGGCAACGACACUAGACUGGUGAAGCCACGUUUCGGAGUCGCCGUUCACCAUAUCCCGACCUUUGGGUUGGACCUCGAAAACAGGAAAACCGAAGCCAUUGAAAAGAUCGCAAAUGAGAACGAUCUCACCGACCGCGGAUUUCGAAUCGAAGACAUAGCCUGGCUGAAGAAAAGAGACAAAGAACUGGGAACGUUCGCCUCAAUAGGCAUCUGGUUCGACUCACUAGAGGCAGCAGAAUGGAUGCUGGACAAUGGCCUGUUGAUUGAUCAACGGUACAUUGGAAGAGUGGAAAAGUGUGAGAUCAAAAAGAAACGAUGCUUCCGAUGCUAA